ACACCCCCACGCGUGGCGGUGUCAGCACCUCGAGCUCGCUGCUCGAGUCAGAGCGCAGAGACUGCGGCAGGAGCGGCGGCGGCGGCACCACCGCGGAGCUGGGCUUGCAGCGAGCGCUCUGCAAGGAGGGACCGGUUCCUUCAUUGACUGUGACUCUGCAAGCUGAGCACGCAGAGCCAUGGCUGAAGAUAAGAGAUUCAAGAAGAAGACGGAACAAGUGCGGAUUCUACUGGACGACCUGAAGAAUCUCCCUAGGUUUGACAAUUCCACCAUACCAACCCUGUUGAGGAUGAGCAACAUCCGUGAUCCAUACAACGUCGAGGAGAGAUCUGUCCUUGCAAAAACUUUCCACAAGGAAGGGGGGAUAGAGUUGUUCAUGAAGUUGCUGACGUCUGUCUCCCCGGAUGCCUCCAACGUCCCGGAUUCUCUAUGGACACCCAUGGAGUGGGGCACAAAAAACGUGCUGGCUUACAUUAAAAGCUCAGAUCCUGAGAAGACAUUUGUGGACUGUGGAGGCCUCAAGUUCCUGCUGAGCCUGCUCAAGCACCACGCCUGCCAGGGCCUCGUGCUGCGCUUUGAAUCCCGCAACACGCUGAGGUUUGCUGUUACAACUUUGGCAAACCUGAGCGAGGAGGUGGAGCUGAAGUCGUGCUUCCAUCAAGAGCUGGCGGCGGACGUGCUGGCCUGCUACCUGGACGUGCCCGAUGCACCCUGCAAGCUCUCCGCUCUGUCUGCCCUGGCCAGGAUCACCACUGAGCAGGACCUGGACAUCAUCUGUAAUGCAAAGGGAGCCAUCUCCCUGCUGACAGACAUGGUGAACCGGACCUCAUACAAGGACUUCAUAUUGCUGGAGAACAUCUUGUACUCAUCCAAGAGGCUGGUGGAGACUCUCACCAUGAUCUCCAUCACAGCCGGCAUCCGCAGAAAGACGCUGCAGCCGGGAGCCGAGCUGGAUCAAGAGGCACUGCAGGAAAUUCUCCCCAAGCUGAGAGAGAAGCUGAAGGUAGAGACUGAGAGACGAGAUUACAGGCUCGAGUGGGGAGACAUCGCCUUUCCCCGGAACCGCAUCUUUAGGGAAUGGCCCAAGUCAGAGAACGGCAAAGUCUACGUACCCUACAAGGUGUCCCUCGCCUUCUUUGAUGGCGAUAUCAAGAAGAUCGAGGAGGCGGCGCUGGAAUUUAAGAAGAAAACGUGCGUCCGGUUCAUCCCUCGCUCCAACGAGACCGACUACAUCUAUAUCCACGCGUGGGAGGGGAACUGGUCGUUCCUCGGCUGUAAGGGUAGGGACCAGGCGCUGUCCUUGGACCCCGGCAAGGUGACCAAGGGCGUUGUUCUGCACGAGUUCAUGCAUGCGCUCGGCUUCUACCAUGAGCACAGCCGCAGCGAUCGCGACAAAUACAUAUUGGUGCUGAGUGACAACAUCAAGCCAGAAUGGAAGGAUGCAAUGGUGAAAACAAUACUCCAUGAUACCAACCGUGAGACCAAUACGACAACUCCGUAUGACUACAGCUCCAUCACCCACUACGGCAUGACUGCUGGAUCUAAAGAUGAGCAUAGCCCCACAAUGCUACCCAGAGACACCAGCACCAUGCGUCGCUUUGGUGGCGGCCACACCCUGAGUGAUGGCGAUGUGGAGAAGAUCGAGAAAAUGUUCGACUCCGAGCCAGCACCACGGGGACGAAGAGGAGCAUUCUUGAAUCAACAGAACGUAUCUGCAGGAGCUGGCCCCGUGCUCAGAGACGUUGGUGUCUCGGACUACUCCCUCGUGGAAGUGGUGGAAGUCUGGAAUCAGCUACCCAAGGAAAUUAAGGAAAACAAAGUGCGAGGUGCUUUCACUGGGUGUGGAGUCAGUGACAGAGUCUCCGCAAAGAAUGGCAGCCGCUGGCCCCAGGACCGGAAUGGCAACGUCUACAUCCCAUACAAAGUGUCUUCAGACUUUUAUGACUGUGAUGUGGAGACCAUCACUCGGGCAUUGCAGGAGUUUGGGAACAAGACCUGUGUCCAUUUCAAAAUGUACAGCAUGGAGAAGGACUUCAUUCACAUCCAAGCACUGGAUGGGCCUCUAAGUAAGAGCUGGUCACUGCUGGGGAAGCAGGGGGGGGGGCAGCCGCUGUCUCUAGAGCCCGGAAAGGUGACCAAGGGUGUCGUUCUGCACGAGUUCAUGCAUGCGCUCGGCUUCCACCACGAACACUGCCGCAGCGACCGCGAUGACCACGUCUUUGUUCUGAGUGACAACGUCAAGCCCGAAUGGAAAUGCCAAAUGGUGAAAAUGGAAUCAAAUCCUCAGGAUUUGUCAGCGCCUUAUGACUACAACUCCAUUCUUCACUACAGCAUGACGGCGGGCUCGGUGGAUGAGCGCAACCCGACCAUCAUCCCCAAGAACCCGCUCCUCAUGCUGCACAUGGGGCAUGGCAAUUCCCUGAGCCCCUGCGACGUGGCCAAGGUGCAGAAGCUGUACGGAUACGAGGUGGCAGCUCAGACGCCUUCACCACCGUUGGAGAGACCCUCUGCUCCAGCUGGCACUCGUGCCGAAAUGGAGGUGGUGGCCAGGAGCCAGGACAUGCCCCUGCACCGCCGCGUGGGCCUCUGGAGGAAGAAGACUGAAGAAGAAAUAAAUGAAGAAAAAAAAGAAAAAGAAAAUAAUUUGGAGAUGAAAGUGAAGACUGUUGAAAGAAUGAUAGAAAAUACGAUCAGCGUGACCAGCUUUGACGAAUCUACAAUCACAAGUCUAGAGUGCCUUCAUGAAAUGCUGUCAGCUGAUGGUCCAGAGGAGGAGACUGCUGCUCUGCACCUGGCUUUCAAAGGGAAUGGGGGCCCUGAGCUGCUCAUUAAGAUCAUGGAUUCUCCCAAACCUCGCGACUUAAGAAUCCCACUUCUGGAUCUCCUCACCAAGAUCUCCAGUGCCAUGGCGAUUCAUGAUUCAGGGAUGGUUGGUGGAGUUAUCUUACUGAAGGCUGGGGACAUUGCUGGAGAUCCCACAGAGAAAACUGUGGAAUGGCCCAAACACCAGGAUGGCAACGUGUACAUCCCAUUCAACAUCUCUAUUGCUUUCAAUUCUCGAGACAAGAAUGAGAUGGACGAAGCCUUCGGAGAAUUCCAAGAGAAGACGUGUGUCCGCUUUGUUGCAAGAAAACAGGAGCUGGAUUACAUUAACUUCCAGGCACUGGGCGGGAGCUGGUCGUUCCUGGGCAAGAAGGGAGGGGCUCAGUCCGUGUCCCUGGAGCCCGGGAAGGUGGACAGGGGCACGGUUCUGCACGAGUUGAUGCACGCGCUCGGCUUCCACCACGAGCACUGCCGCAGCGAUCGCGAUGACCACGUCCACAUCCAUGAGGACAACAUCAAGGAGAGUGAUCUGUGCCAAUUUAAACGUCUUGAAUUAAGUGAGCGUGACUACGGACUGCCUUAUGACUACAUCUCCAUUACACACAACAGCAGGCACGCAUCAUCAAUCGAUGGAGUCAGCCCCACGAUUGUGCCGGUUCAAGACAAGAAAACUCCGAUCGGUCAGAGGGACUUCCUCAGCCCACUCGAUGUUCUUAAAAUACAGCGCAUGUUCCAAGGCCCCGUGGCAGCCAGCGGUAGAGAUGAAGCGCUGGAGAAGGCCUUGGCCGAGACGGUUGAUCUUAUGCAGUCCAUGGAUGAAACUCCUUCAGAGCUUCUGCGGUUUCUGGCAGAAGACAUGCGAGGACCAGAAUUGAAAAAGAAAGUAGAUGAAGUUUUGAACAUUGUAAAGGAAUUGAAAAAUCUGCCCAGCUGUAACUACGCCAUGGUUGAGCUCCUGGAAAGGCUGAAGAAAAUUAUGACUUUUGUUGAUUCCACGUGGGAGGAGAAAUUUGCCCUGAAAACAGCUUUUGUCAAGAAUGGUGGCCCAGAGAUGUUUGAGAAGAUCCGGACGUCUGCCUCCCGAGAGGGCUCAGGCGUGCAGCUCCAAGAGACGACAAAGUUCAUUGAGGACGUGAUGAAGACGUUUACGCCAGAGCAGAAAACAGGUGUGAAGGACAAUAAAAAUCUACUGAAGAAGAUAACCAGCCUAAAAAAGUUAUCUAAAUUUGACUUCACUGUCGUCCAGCCAUUGAUAUACAUUCUGAACAUGCUGAGUGUGGAGCACACCAUAAAGGAGAAAGUGGACGUUAAGGAGGCCUUCCUGCGGCAGGGAGGUGCAGAGCUGCUCAAGAAGAUCCAGGACACUCCCACCCAAGAUGACUCUGAGAUCCCUCUCCAAAUCGUCACUGAGAUCAUGUUCCAAAUGCUGAUGACUUACACUGUGGACGUUAGUGCAAAACUAGAGAAAGAGAUUGAAGACAUUUACACAGAUUUAAUUCCGCUGAUGACGUUUGCCAGCUUUGACCAUUCUACGGUAAAGGCCCUGCAAACUAUAUGGAACAAGUUGAAUGCCGUCCUUUCAGUGGAGAAGAGACUUCUUGCCAAAGCGGCUUUUCUUCGUGCAGGGGGACCAGAACUGUUCAAGGAAAUGCAAAAGUGCCUACAAAGUGAUGCUGUGGAAAACGGACUUUUGGAAGUGAUGAUGGACAUUUAUACACUGAUGAUGGAUUUUACUUUCACAUCGAUUCAAGCACAUCAUGAAAAUGAAGAUACGUUUCCAGAACCUGAAGAAAUUAAAGCUCGGAAAAGGCGUCAUGUGUUUAAAGACAUUCUCCGCCGAGUGCCAAGACCAUCACGACGCAGGCACCACGGCGCACCCUCAAGGACGGGCACAGAUGGCGUUAUCGGAGGAACGCAUACUCAGAGUGAAUGAAACUAAUUCUUGUUGACCACGCUUAAUAACUAUUUGCUCCUAUAAUGAGCCAAGAAUGUGUCCCGCGUGUGACGUCACUCCACAUGGACCAGCCCCCCUCAUUAAUAAUCAUGAGCAGUUAAUGUCACUCCACAUCGAACAGCCCCCCUCAUUAAUAAUCAUGAGCAGUUAACGUCACUCCACAUCGAACAGCCCCCCUCAUUAAUAAUCAUGAACAGGUGACGUCCUCCAAAUGGACACAACCCCUCCAUUAAUAAUAAUUAGCGGGUGACGUCUCUCCAUAUGGGGGGGCAAGGCACCUCCUCCCCCCUCCUCAGCGUUAACUUACAACCCUCACUCCAAAGGCAGAACCCUCACGUCACGCAAUCUCCGUAACGCUGUUGAGACAUAGAAGUAAAAGGGCGUCAUGAUGAACAAGGAUUUAUAACCUUUAAAUGAAAUAAUUCUGUGUCACCGCGGCCGUACAAAAUACACACGAAUUUAUGGAAUGAAUAUCACGUCGCGGUCUGCUUUUCACUUGCAAGUUCCAGAUUUACUGCAAUACACCCGUCCUUUGACGGGCAAAAGGCUAGUUAAUAUUAAUCACUUAACAGCCAUUGCUUAAUAUUAAUUACUUAAGCAUUGCUAUGUAGCUUUAUUUGCACAAUUCUCUCAGUUUUUAAACUAAACUUGUAUUUACCAGGUAAAGCCCGCGGAGCUAUUGCCUUCUUUUCAGAGUUGAUCUAGCCACGCAUCGUAGCAGCCACAAUCUCAAUGCACGUUUCUAAAUAUGAAGGGCCAUACCGUAGUCCUCAUAUAAUUAUCCACAUGACCGCAGGGACAACAUACAAUUUCUGUCAGGAUCAGGAUCGAAUCCAUGUGCUCCUGCAUACCAGGCCGAGGGAAAUAACAUCACCACCGCGUGAUUGUGCUUUCAUUUGAAUGAAGCCACUUAUGUAAUAGAUAUUCCAAUAUAUUAUGACA